ACGUGUUACCGCGAAAUUAAAACCACCGCGAAAAGUCCUUUUUCCCGCAACCACGAAAUUAAAUCCCCGCGAACUUAAAUGCAUUUACAGUACUGUGCAGCUGUGGACUUAGCAGACUUGAAUUCAAAGGCCAUGAAUGUCAUUUAUCCAUACAUUACGUAGACGUGACGGCAUCCAUGGAGACACACAGGUAUCAAUGAUAUACAAUAUUCAAGUAAGACAAUAAACUGAAACCCUCCGAAGCUUUGGUCAGUUGACUGUAACAGUGCUGUCACAGUUCGCUACAGACAACAUUCGUCAAAUUGGGUUUAGGACUAGACUAUUCUCUAUAUGGGGGUGGGGUCAUUCGAACAUCACAACACAAAGUAAAAUAACACUAGAUUACUUAGAAUGAUAAGUCUUAUUGUUAUCUUCCAAGGAAAAAUAAUAAAUUCUUCAUACAUAGGAAGACAAAAUUUAAGAAACAAUCCAUGCGAUUUAGCAUGUAUACAUAUGCCUUAUAGUUAUUUGCACCGCCCCCGUUGCAGACAACACAGAUCAACUUGUUUUGCUGGACGGAAAAUUGGCACGUUGUAAAUUUCGCAAACGCCUGUGGUCAACAUACGUAAUCCAAAAACAAGGGCCAAACAAGCUCUAAAUCUAAUGUACAACUUGCAAUCCAGAAACUUCAACUUCCAGCAUUCUAACUCCUAAGCAGGAAGAUGUGGUUAACGACGAUAUCUGCAAGUCUGUUGGUUGUACUUUUUGUAACCUGGUUCAUGGAGUACAUCAAAAGAUGGCGGAUGCCCCCUGGACCGUUUCCCUGGCCAAUCAUAGGAAAUCUUCCAAUGUUUGCUGGCAAGUCCCAUUUGACCUUCAUCGACCUUGCGAAGAAGUAUGGCGACGUUUUCAGCCUGAAGCAGGGCAUGACGGACGUGGUGGUGCUGAACAGCGUGGAUGCCGUACGGGAAGCUCUGGUGGAGAAGAGUGUUCAGUUUGCAGGCAGGCCCCAUCUACAAUCUCUUGAUAUAAGGACGGAGGGUAGGAGAAACAUGGCUUUUGCUGACUACAGUCCGGCCUGGAAACAGCACAGAAAGCUCGUCAAGAGUGCUCUCAGAGAAUAUGCCUCGGAUACAAAACUGGAAACUAAAGCCCACGAAGCUCUUCGGGACAUCAUUGAUGAACUUGCGAAGGUCGAGGGUCAAGCAGUGGAUCUUAAUGUGCACAUCUUCAAUCUGGUCUACAAUGUUGUCUGCCCAGUCGUCUUUGGUGUCAGAUUCCGGAUGGAAGAUGAGGAUUUCCAGAAUCUGAUGAAGUUCAGUGACGAUUUAUUAAAAAAAGAUCCCCCUCUCGGUGACAUCUACCCUUCAAUUGGGUUUCUGCCUAAUCGAGCAAAGACCGACUUGCAGAAGCUGAUGGAGCCCUUUUUGGGUUACUGCAAACGCCAAGUGGAACAGCACCGCAUGGACUUCAACCCAGAUAAUCUGCGUGACGUCACAGAUCACAUGAUCAAGGCUCAGAAGGAGGCUGAAGAGGAUGGAGCCCACGACAUCACUGCUCUGACAGACACUCAUCUUCGGCAGAUUGUAGCUGACGUCUUUUUAGGCGGUACAGAAACGACGACUCAGGUCCUACGCUGGGCCAUCCUGUACCUUGCUGCCCACCUGGAGAUACAGGAGAAGGUGACUGCAGAAUUAGACAGGGUGGUGGGCCGUGACAGGCUGCCGGAGCUGUCCGACCGCCAGAAUACUCCAUACACGGAGGCGACUGUCAAUGAAGUACUGAGGAUGGGGCUGAUUGAUCCACUUUCUUUACCCCAUGCUACGACUGUAGACACUUCGCUGCGAGGGUACCAUAUUCCGAAGGGCACGGUGGUACUGCCGAACCUGUGGGCCCUGCACCACGACCCUGCCAUCUGGGGAGAUCCUCACACCUUCCGUCCGGAACGUUUCCUGGAUGAGACUGGCAAGCUCAUACCAAAGCCUUUUGCCCUGAUGCCUUUUAGUGUUGGUCGCCGUGCAUGCCCAGGAGACAAAAUGGGCAUGGCCGAUACGUAUCUCCUGUUGGGCGGACUGGUUCAAAACUUCCACUUCAGCUUCCCGAAAGGAGAAAGGCCAACUGACUUCAGCUCUGAUGAAACGGGAGGCGGAAAUGUCUGCCAACCUGCACCCUACAAGGUGGUUCUGACCUACCGGAAGUAGAUGUGCGACAACCGGAAGUGAUUGAUGAAAGCUAGAUCUAGCAUGCGUUUCCAGGCAUGAUUGGAAAACAAUAGCGAGAAACACAUGUUGUGAUUUAAUAUAUAGAAGAAACAGAUAACAAGUUUUUAACUCUCUGGCAACGACAGCAGAUGAAAACUGCACCGCAAACCAUUCCGUAAUUUUGUAAAUAUGUGUGAUUAAAAGGCUCAGUAUAUGCAUGUUUUUGUACGCCAACCAUUAGUAACUCGAGCAACUGAAUAUAAUUUUGUAAUAUCUGUUUCUAGCUAUAGUGAGAUAUUGGUAGCUAGCCUGGGUACCAUCCGAUAUUUACCGGGACUCCUUAUGAGGAUGGUACCGAGGCUAAUUUGUAGCUAGGAAAGCAAUACAUAUUUGUAUCAAGUGAGUUGGACUUCUGUAGCUGGUGACUUAGAUAUUUGUAUCUAGUAUUAUAUGUUGGCCCCAGCGAGUUAGCUAUUUGUAGCAAGUGGUUAAGUUGUAGCUAGUGUAUCAUGUAUGUGUACAUAGUCCUUUACAAUUUCUGUAGCUAGUGAGAUAUUUGUAAGAUUGUGAUUUGAUAUUUGUAGCAAAUAGAUUUGAUAAUUGUAGCACUGAAUGAACUAAUUUGCCGCUUAAUAUGCGUUAGGGACAAGAACAGAAUAGUGCAACAUAUGUUUUUUCUGUAUGAUGUUAUUGUAAUAAGUAAACAACGUUAACAUGAAGGCAGCAUUUACAAAAUUGUUCACACCCUUGUAGAAUGCACAUUACCAAGCGAAUGAAAUGGCCUCGAAUUUCCAGAACAAAACAUAUGUCUAAACUGUAAUUUAGUUGGAGUAGUUAGAGCGGCGGCCUUUUGUAGCAAUAUGUAAAUAAUACAAGGAAUUCGAAGAGAUGUCUGAACAUAAUAGACUAGAUAGAUUUGCCUUUCUCAUUCAAACACAUAAGAAAUGCAAGACUUAGUUUGAAUAUCUAAUGAGUAAAGACAAACCUUUGAUUUUGAAAUAUG